GGGACUGGGAAAAUUCAAAAGACUUACACUUCUCAGUAAGGCCUCACUUCUCCCGCUUCACCAGGUCAUAUCUCGUUUUCAAAGCCACGACCUUCACUCGAUAUGAUACCCGACCCACCUUCUCAUCUCAGUCCCAAACCAGAUGCACGAUGCACUCGCCCCCCCAAAUCUCGAAUGGGUCCAGUGUACUACUCCUGGCGCAUUCGAAUGUGGAUUGAAGGCACAUUUGUUCUUCAUAUGCUGGAGCCUUGGGAGAAAUUAUUAAUCUUGCUCAUCUUCCUUGUUUCUCUUGUCUUGCUCAUGACUGGAGUGGUUCGAUACCUUCCUCACCAUUUAUCUGUCAUGCAGCGGCGCAGUGCGUACUACCUAUGGGGGAAUGAGAAUGACGAGGGAUGGGUUUUACACUGGAUUGGAAAGGCAAUAGGAUCAUCCGCAGUAACGGCAGAAUUAUGAUAAUAAAUGUUGGGAAACCAGGUACCAUGACUUUAUUACGUUCAUGUACUUGACAUGUGUCUGCAUACUCGUUGGCCGUUCAAGGGCAUUCCUAUCCGUUAUUUCCAUUUUACAUCAAUCCUCAUAUAUGAUACAUGACCGACUAUCAAUAUAUGCUGGAAUACUCGGAUUUAAC